AUGCACGGAAUUUUAGAAUGCAAUAAAAUUUGCAAAUUUAUAUUAACUAAGACAAUUUAUUUGGCUCAUUUUACAAAUAUUUUCGUGGAAUUUUGGGAAUUUGACGAACUUUUGAUUGGUGAUUAUCAAGACAACGAAUAUAAUCAACAAGAUCAUCAGAAGCAACGACAAUGUGACAAUAUCAUGGCGAUGGAUCAAAAUCCCACAUUUUCCUUUAUCACUACUGCAACUGCUCCAACAACAGAAUUACAAUUGAAUCCUGCAGUGAAUGAUGGCGAGAAUAUUGCAUUGACUGAUAAUUUAUCACAUGCUGUCUAUUCGCAUACUCCAUCGCAAAGUGGGAAUGUAACAACAAGUGACGCAAAUGCAGGAACAACAAGAAAGAAUAGCGACACUGCUGGAUUUGGCCAUAUUGCUCAACAAUUAUAUAUUAUCAGAAGAUUGAUAUUUUUCUUGUUCUUUAUCAUUUAUAUUAUUUCUAUACCAAUUUGUUUAUUCUGA